AUGGCUCCGGUCGUCAUUGUCAGUCUUAUCCUCGGCUGUGCGCUCCUCGGAGGAUAUGCUAAGAAGUGCAUCCUCGACAUGACGGAUUCAGUGUCAAGGCCCAUCACAGGCUUCGAGAGUGUCGAUGGAGCAGUGAAUCUACUGCUCGAGUUCUUCUCUCAAGGUUUGAGGAAGAAUCCCCAUGUCAGAGGAAUGGAUCUUGAGGCCUUGCUCGCUUUUGUAUACUUGGCUGCUCAGUUUGGUGGUGCUUGGUAUAUCAUCGCCCUCGAGGGAUUGAGAUUUGGAAACAAAGGAACAAUUCUAGGCUGGACCGGAACAUUUGGGAUAGUGUUUCAAGCUGUCACCAUCACCAUCAUCGCACCGAUUUACCUUACCGUCCAACUCCUACUCUCGCCUUCGAUUCCACAACAAGCAAACCUCCUCGCCGACCCCAUCGAUCUCAGCUUCCUCCCCGCUGCGACUGUUAUAUCAUACAUUGUGCCGAGUAUUGGUCUUUGUCUGCCACUAGUCUUUGACAUUUCUCGGGAGGCAAAGUUCAUUGCUGUCGCGCUCUGGCAACCUUUUCCGUUGUACCAGUCUGCGCUUCAGCAUGUCUCACGUCUUUUCAGCGGCUUCCGAGGAACUCUCGGUCGCACAGAGGGCCCCGAAUGUGAUGGUAACAAGUAUCAGGGCGAUCUUGUUGGCACUGGUAGGAGGACCAAUCUUCCCAGCACUGAUGUUCCUGUGGGAAAGGGACGAUAUCGUGAUCAACAAGGCUUUGCCUACAUCACGAAAGCAGAAGUGAGGGAGUGA